GACUGGAGCGUGCGCGCUGAGGUAUACGGAACGCGUGCGGGGUCUCUUCCGGAGUCUUUUCCUGGACGGGGUACCUGCGGCGGGUGUGUUUCGGCCUGGCCUGGGCAGGCGCUUGUGCUGCCAGGGCGCCGGGCCCGGGGAGGCCGGGGUCUCGGGUGGCCGCCGGCCCAGGCGCUGGACGGCAGCAGGAUGGGGAAGGCGAAGGUCCCCGCCUCCAAGCGCGCCCCGAGCAGCAGCCCCGUGGCUAAGCCGGGUCCUGUCAAGACGCUCACUCGGAAGAAAAACAAGAAGAAAAAAAGGUUUUGGAAAAGCAAGGGGCAGGAAGUAAGCAAGAAGCCAGCAAGCGGCCCCGGUGCUGUGGUGCGACCUCCAAAGGCACCAGAAGACUUUUCUCAAAACUGGAAGGCGCUGCAAGAGUGGUUGCUGAAACAAAAAUCUCAGGCCCCAGAAAAGCCUCUUGUCAUCUCUCAGAUGGGUUCCAAAAAGAAGCCCAAAAUUAUGCAGCAAAACAAAAAAGAGACCUCACCUCAAGUGAAGGGAGAGGAGAUGCCGGCAGGAAAAGACCAAGAGGCCAGCAGAGGCUCUGUUCCUUCAGGUUCCAGGAUGGACAGGAAGGUUCCAGCACCUCGCACCAAGGCCAGUGGAGCAGAGCACAGUAAGAAAGGAACCAAGGAAAGGACAAAUGGUGAUGUUGUUCCAGAACGAGGGGACAUCAAGCAUAAGAAGCGGAAAGCUAAGGAGGCAGCCCCAGCCCUACCCACCGAGGAAGACAUCUGGUUUGACGACGUGGACCCGGCGGAUAUCGAAGCUGCCAUAGGUCCAGAGGCGGCCAAGAUAGCGAGGAAGCAGUUGGGUCAGAGCGAGGGCAGCGUCAGCCUCAGCCUCGUGAAAGAGCAGGCCUUCGGCGGCCUGACAAGAGCCUUAGCCUUGGACUGUGAGAUGGUGGGCGUGGGCCCUAAGGGGGAGGAGAGCGUGGCCGCCCGUGUGUCCAUCGUGAACCAGUAUGGGAAGUGCGUUUAUGACAAGUACGUCAAACCAGCCGAGCCUGUGACGGACUAUAGGACAGCGGUCAGUGGGAUUCGGCCUGAGAACCUCAAGCAGGGAGAAGAGCUUGAAGUUGUUCAGAAGGAAGUGGCAGAGAUACUGAAGGGCAGAAUUCUAGUGGGGCACGCGCUGCAUAAUGACCUAAAGGUACUGUUUCUUGAUCAUCCAAAAAAGAAGAUUCGGGACACACAGAAAUAUAAGCCUUUCAAGAGUCAAGUAAAGAGUGGAAGGCCGUCUCUGAGACUACUUUCAGAGAAGAUCCUUGGGCUCCAGGUCCAGCAGGCAGAGCACUGUUCGGUAAGUGUGUCCUGGGGGGCAGUCCAUGGGGUUUGGGGUGGUUUCUCACCUGGAACCAGGCAUGAGUCACCUGACACAGACAUGGGGGAAGUGGGGGCCUGGGCACCUACUUAUCCUACGAGGCUACUGGUCAAAACAAAAAUGGCAGAGCAGAGUUACGGAAUUUUGUUUAAAUUCUAAAUAUGCACAUUUAAUGAAUUUAACACAACACAAAAGUACUACAUUCUCGUUAUUUGGAGAAAAAGUUGCCAAAUAAUUACAAAGGGCCCCCCCCACCCGUCCUGCCCUGCCCUGCCCUGCCCGGCCCUGCUGAGCAGCUGGCUCUGCCUCUGUGGAGCAGUUACCCUCUGCAACGUGGCCUCAGCGCUUUGGGCCCUUUUUGCCCGUGUGCUUGGUCCUUGUGCCCCUGUGCCCAGCACCCAGCCUGCCAUCACCCUGCACUCAGAGACCUAAAAAGGCAGCGUGUUUGUUGCUUCUCCUCUUUGGGUUUCCCUGUCUUCUCCUGGGAGGGGUGUCUGAGUCACAGAAGUGUGGGGACCAUCAGGUCCUUGCUCCCUCUGCUUGUGUCCUCCCUCCCUGUCCUGGUGACAUCUUGUGGCCAGGUCCAUGUCUCACUCAGUACAUCCAUAGCAGUGGGAGGGCUCAGUCAUUGUGGGGUUGACUGUGGGCUGCGGCUAUGCCUCGUCACCUGCUGGGAUGUUUCGUGUCAUCUAGAUUCAGGAUGCCCAGGCAGCAAUGAGGCUGUAUGUCAUGGUGAAGAAGGAGUGGGAGAGCAUGGCCCGAUACAGGCGCCCCCUGCUGACCGCUCCAGACCACUGCAGUGACGACGCCUAACAGUCCUGCCGUGCUGUUGCUGCCACCCCGCUACAGAGGCAAUCUGACCAGUCACAGGGACAGAUCACAUCUCCCCAGAGUGGCAACUCUGGUGAAACCUUUUCAGAAUCAUGGCAGAGGGCCAUGGCAUGGUGCUACUGAGAACGUCCUCCUUCCUCUUGACUUUGUGGUCUGAAACCUGGUCUUACUCUCCAUGUGUGUUUGGGCCCGGAUGGUCAGGGUGGUGAGCAGGGACUGCCAUGGGCAUGCCUGGCCACGUUUUACCGACUGGUGACCCCCUGGGCGAGGCGAGGAUGGGGCCUGUGGGCCGCCAGCCCGUACGGUGCUGUCACCGGACAUCUUCGGUGACACCUGGGGUGAGGUACUCAGCACCUUCCUCUCGGGGAGCCACAUUUUCCUCCUUUGUCUUAGGGGACAUAACAAGCUCUACUAAGCUUGAGGGACCCAGACCAGGUGUCUGCAGUCAGCUCCUGAGACAGCUGGCCGGCAAAACAGGUGUUCCAUCAGGGGUUUCCCGUGGCCGUUUGGACUUUGAGCAUUUAUCUAAAUUAAAUUGGCCCAGGGUUGGCUGAUGGGUCACCCAGCAGAGGCUUCUCCCCAUAGCACGAGGAUGUGUCGCCUGGGCACGGUGACCGCGGUUAUUCCUGGAGGUCGGCAGACAUGCCGACCUUGGGCUAUUUGAGCUGGAGAAGCUAUGUGAUGCUAGCCGGUGGCUUUUUGGGCUAGGCCCCAGUUUGAGGCUCCCCUGGGAACUAGAGUCAGGAACAGCCAGUGUCACUGACAAAGGGACGGAAUCCAAGGCGUUAUUGGGCCACCUGACAGCUGGAUGGAAAAGGUGCAGAUGCACCAAGGAUGUGAUUUAAAAUAAAUGCAGAUGUUUACUUUGAA